GUGAAAUACGUUGCCUAUUUCUCUCCAUUAACCUUUUAACCCGAAGCAUAUUCCCCAGCUUUCUCUAUGCUCAGCUUUGAUCGUCAAUUCUUGGGAAUUUCAGUCGCGAUAAACUUUUUUCUAGCUCGAUUGUCUUCCAAUCCACUGAUUCAUUUCUUAGAUUCACUUCUUUAUACCUUACAAAUGAGGUUUUUUAUUCAAUUUCUGGCAGUGAAGCCUAGGUCUUGCCGCUAGAUUAUCUUCUUCCAUGGCGAUCAGAGGCGUACACUUCAAGUGGUACGAUGGAUUCUUCCUAAUAAUGCUUGCGUUUAGUAUAGUUAUGGUUCUAUUGAGUUGGAGGCGCUACUAUCUUUGUAAAUUUCCAUUGCAUCUGUGGAUAGUGGUUGAUUAUAGUGCUGUCUUUGUUUUUCGCCUGUUAAUGUUUGUAGAUAAUGGUCUUGCAGCUGGAAUGGGAUUGGAUUUUGGUCGAAGGCAAAGAGAUGUUUGUUUUUAUGGAAGAGUAGUAGUUCUAUCAAUUCUGUAUGUAGUGCUGUAUCCGUUUCUUUGGGCAUGGAGUGUUACAGGAUCUAUAUGGUUCAAUUAUGCACACGCCUGUCUACCUGAAAAGAAUCAGAAAUGGGGCUUUCUUGUGUGGUUGAUUUUCAGCUACUGUGGACUUGUCUGUCUUGCUGUCUAUUCAGUAAAUAAGUGGUUAACAAGGAGAAAAGCUCAUUUGGAACGUGCUCAACAAGGGAUCCCUAUAUCCGGUGUUUCAGAAUAUGGGGUGUUGGUGGAUAUGAUUCGUCUACCAGAUUGGGUAUUUGAAAGUGCUGCUCAAGAAAUGACAGUCAUGGAACAAGAUGCCACUCCACAUCAUCCAGGAAUUUACUUAUCUGAUGCUCAGAGGCAAGCAGUGGAGAUAUUAAUUCAGGAACUUCCACUAUUCUCUUUGAAAGCUGUUCCAACUGACUGCAGCGAUUGUCCAAUUUGUUUGGAAGAGUUCCAUGUCGGGGAUGAGGUUCGUGGGUUGCCUUGUGCUCACAACUUCCAUGUGGCAUGCAUUGAUAAAUGGCUUAGUUUAAACAUAAAAUGCCCUCGAUGUCGGUGUUCAGUUUUUCCCAACCUCCAACUUCAUGAUCUGCCAAAUAUACCACCCGAUCCCAACCGUUCAUCAACAACUUAUCAUUCACAAACUCAACCUAUCAGCCAAAGCUACCUUUCCAGAAUGCAGAGCUUUCUCAUGCCAAUCCGUUCCGGAAAUGCAACAUCCUCCUCCACCACCACCAAUUCCGGCCCUAGAAUCAGUAAUGAUUCCGAUGUUGCUUUGGAAAUCCAUUGUGGGAAUGAAGCAUCCGAAACCAAUUCCGACCCUGGAAUCAGUAAUGAUUCCGAUGUUGCUUUGGAAAUCGCUGAAAAUGGAGGCCAAUCAUCCGAAAGGCAUGAUGUAGACGCUAGUAAAGAGCGUGUACAAUGA